AAAAUAUUACUCCUAACCUUUAAACAGGAUAAAGAGUCGAAUUUUUUUUUUUAUAGCAAUGUAAAAAAAAUUAUGAUAAGCAUAAAAAUACAAAGAUGUAAACUAUCUCAACAUUACUUCAUUUUUUAAACUUCCCGCUGUUAAGUGAUUUAUAGUCGUUAAAUACAACCAAAUGGCAUAUGGAUGAUAUAUUUUGCUUAAUCAUUGAUGAUAUGUUUGGUACAAAGAUUUUUUAUUUAUUGAAAAUAUGGAUAGAAUAAUAAGAGGUAUAAUGAAAUAUCGACAAUGUCACCGGGAAGGAAUGGUUAAACAGUUUCAACAAGUUAGAGAUAAUCCUGAGCCUAAAGCAGUAUUUUUUACUUGCAUGGAUUCCCGGAUGAUACCUACCAGAUUUACUGAAACAAAUGUUGGAGAUAUGUUUGUUGUUCGAAAUGCAGGCAAUGUAAUUCCACACUCUCAACAUUUCAUUGAUGAACUUACAAUGUGUGAACCUGCUGCAUUGGAAUUAGGAUGUGUGAUUAAUAAUAUUCGUCAUAUAAUUGUUUGUGGUCAUAGCGAUUGUAAAGCAAUGAAUUUAUUGUACGCACUACAAGAUGAAGAAUUCGCCUCAAAAAUAAAUCGAAGAAUAUCGCCAUUAAGAGCUUGGCUGUGUGCACAUGCAGAUAGCAGUUUGAGAAAAUUUCUACAACUUAAAAAAACUAGUUUCCGUGAACCAAUAAUUUUCCAAGCAGAAACACCAAUGAGAAAAUUUGUCGCUUACAUUGAUCCUGAUGACAAAUUCGCAAUUGAAGAUAAACUUUCACAAAUAAACACCUUACAACAACUCCAAAAUAUCGCAUCCUAUGGUUUUUUAAAAAAACGACUUGAACAACACGAUCUUCACAUUCAUGCACUUUGGUUUGAUAUUUACACUGGUGAUAUUUAUUAUUUCAGCAGAGGUAAUAAACGAUUUAUUGAAAUUAAUGAACUUACAGAAUCUCAAUUAUUAGAAGAAAUUUUAAAAUACUAUUCAUAAUAAUUGAAUUGAAUCAAUUAAUGUGUAUGGGUGUAUGGACAUGAAUAUGUGUGUGUGUGUCAAAGUAUGCACGUGAGGACGAGUAUUUACAAUUAGUAGAUCGUAAAGAAUUACCCCUUAAAUGUAUAAUAAUUAUUAAGUUUAUAAAACUAAUUAUGAUAACAACUAUUUUGUAUAUAUAUAUAUUAUAUAUACACUAAAAUAUAAAAGUGAACUAGAGCAUGCCACUCCCGAAAGAGAAAGCACAACAACAAAGGCUUGUCACAUGGUUACAAAUCUAUCCUAAUUCAAAAUUAUUAUAAAUUUAUAAAAAUUCCCUUAAACUCAUUAUCCGCAAUUAAAUAUAUUUUUUUAUUUUUCAUAUUGUAAAAAUCAAAAAUAUUUUAAAAGAUAUUACAUACAGACAAUUUUUUAUCAUUGGUUUGUUUAAAGGAUAUUUUUAUUAAAUAAAAUGUAAUGUAUGAUUUGAUGCUUGUGUGUUUAUGUUAUAAUUAACGUGUAUAGGACCAAAUACUAAAUGUUAUUCUAAUUUAUACAAAUAUUGAGAAAUGUGGUAAAUACAAAUAUUGAUAAAAUAUAAUCUUUAUAAUCUAAAUCAAAUUAAUUUGGAUGAUAGUAUAUUUAAAUCCAUAAAAAUAAAAAAAUGGGUUCCAUGCUUCGCCAGUUUACUCAUGGAAACGUAACGGUUAGACCAAAACCUAAGAAAGUGCACAACUUGUCAUGGAACUUUCGCUUUGAUAAACGAAGCUUAUAAAAUAGUACACACAUUGCAGUCAAUUAUAAUAUAUUUUAUUUAAAAAAACAAUGACAAAUAAAUUAAUAUUAACCAUUUA